AUGAGUGAUCAGUACGAAGAAAAUGUGGAGGCAGAGAGGGAACUGGCCGACAGUGCCAUGUGGAAGGUCAUCCAGAAAAACACAUUUACAAGAUGGACAAACGAGCAUUUAAAAGUUGCCAAACUUGAGAUUAAGGACAUGGAAAAGGAUUUUGCAGACGGUUUGAAGUUGAUAGCUUUGAUCGAAGCUUUGUCAGGCAAAAAGUUCACAAAAUACAACAAAAGACCAAGUUUUAGAACGCAAAAAUUUGAAAAUGUUACAAUGUCGUUGAAAUUUCUGGAAGAGAAAGAGGGCAUCAAAUUGGUGAACAUAGACAGUUCCGAUAUCGUAGACCAAAAGUUGAAGCUGAUCAUGGGUCUCAUAUGGACUCUUAUUCUUCACUACUCCAUCACCAUGCCAGCGUGGGAUGAUGAUAGUGGCCCAUUUGGAAAAGACCAAACUCCAAAACAACGAUUGCUGGCCUGGAUUCAGAACAAAAUUCCAGAAAAAAACAUCACCAACUUCACUAGCGAUUGGAACGAUGGUACAGCCAUAGCUGCCCUCGUAGAUGCUCUUGCACCAGGUUUAUGCCCAGACUGGCACACAUUGGAUCCUAAAAAUAAAGUACCUAACGCAAAAGAGGCAAUGGAUGCUGCUGAAAAAUUCAUGGAUGUGCCACAGGUCAUAAAACCAGAAGAAAUGUGCAAUCCCAACGUUGAUGAACUCAGUAUGAUGACCUACCUCUCCAGGUUCCCCAGUGCAAAGUUGAAAUCUGGAGCACCUGUCCAACAGAAGCCAAACGCUCAACGUAUUAAAGCUUACGGUCCAGGUCUGGAACUUAAUGGAAACGUAGUGGGAGCACCAGCAAGAUUCAUGGUCGAGACUGCUAAUGCGGGUCCAGGUGAGCUAGAAGUUGUUGUUCUCAAUCCAAAAAAAGCGCCAGAAAAGGUUGAAAUGUUUCCUAACAAUGAUCGAACAAAGUCCUUCAACUGUGUUUAUACUCCGACUCUUGAUGGCCAAUACACUGUUUCUAUUAAAUGGGCUGGUCAACCAAGCACUAAGCAACCAUAUUUAGUUAACGUUGUUCCGAAAGCAAAAUCUGGAGAUCCAAAGAAAGUGAUCGCUCAAGGACCCGGAGUUGAAAAGUCAGGAGUUCUUGUCAACAGGAAAACAUAUUUUGAUGUCAUCACUAAAGGCGCUGGAGUGGGAGUUGUUGACGUUGGAGUUUACGAUCCACAAAACAGGCCAGUAAAAGCUAUUGUAACCAAAAAAUCAGAUGAUGUUUGGUAUGUGGAAUACACAGCCGAAGUUCCUGGCUUGCAUUCCGUCAACGUAAAUUUUGCUGGUCAGCCUAUUCCAAAGAGUCCAUAUCCAGUCGGUGUUGGUGGAGAGGGUGGUCCUCCAGUCGAUGCAUCCAGACUUCCUGGAAAGCCUAUUCUUGCAUCUCCAAAGGACAACGCUGCCAAUUCUUUGGCAACACCUCUUAAGGCUGUCCCUGGCUCGACAGCACCAGUGGCUGAGCCAGAACAACCUCAAGCGAAGAAGCCUGUUGUUCCACUGCCUGAUCAACCACAAGAAGCUGAAGCUGCCCCAGGAGUUAAACCAGUUGAACCAGCUCCAGGGGCUCCCAAACCUGCAGCAAUUGACGCUAAAAAGUGCUGGGCAAGUGGAAGGGGUAUCCAGCCAAAAGGUGUUCGUCUUGGUGAUCUGGCAAGCUUUCUUAUUCACACAGAAAAUGCUGGAAACGCUGAACCCAGAGCUCUUGUCAUGGGUCCAGGCGGUUCAGCCGUUCAAACUACUCUCAAAAAACUAGAUGAUGGCGUCACAUAUGAAUGUGUAUACAAACCGACAAAACCGGGUCUUCACAUAAUUAAUGUUACUUUUGCUGGACAACAAAUUCCAAAAAGUCCGUUUAAAGUCGACAUUGGUCCAAUGAAAAGCAGCAAAGUAGUUGCUUUUGGUCCAGGGUUCAAAAUUGAAGGACCAUCUCAAGCAAAAAUUGAUGUAACUAAAAAUCCACAGCAAACAGAAAUGUACGUCACUUACUUGCCUACAGUUGCAGGGGAAUAUGCUGUCAGAAUUUUAUCAAAUAACGAUGAUAUACCAAAAUCACCGUACAUUGUGGACAUUCGACCUGAGGGGGCACCUUUACCCGUUGCACCAAAGCCCUCAGCACAAAUUGACGCUACUAAAGUCGUUGCUUUCGGACCUGGUUUGGAAGCCGAAGGUAAUAUGGUAAACAAAUGGGCGGAGUUUACUGUUGAUGCAACCAAAUCCGGAGGUCAAGCUCCUCUGCUUAUUACGGCAACAGACAGCGAUAAAAAGACUGUUGAAGUUACAAUUGUUGACAACAAAAAUCUUACUUUUUCAUGCAAAUACUUGCCAAUAAAAGUUACAAAAUAUACAAUCACUAUCACUUAUGGUGGAAAGCCGGUACCAAAAAGCCCAUUUUUGGUAAAUGUUAAAGAUACUGGACUUGCGGCUUCAAAAGUCAAGGUCUAUGGGCCUGCUAUUGAAAAACCAGUUCAAGCUAAAAUUCUCACUUACUUUACUAUUGAUUGCAAAGAAGCUGGUCCAGAAAAUCUUUUAAAUAUUAUAGGGGAACCUCAAGUUACACUGAAAAAUGAUAAAGGUCAACCAUUGGUAUUUAUAAAGAAAGAUCUCAAAGAUCGCACCUACAGAGUUGAGUUUACAGCUCCAGUUGCUGGAAUUUACAAGAGUGAAGUGACAUUCGGAGGCCAACCUGUGCCAAGAAGUCCAUUUAGCAUUAACGUUCAGAGCGGGCCUGAUGCCAGCAAGGUGAAAGUGUAUGGUCCUGCACUGGAGAAACCAGUCAAUGUCAAUGAACCAACUCACUUCUUCGUCGAUUGUAAAGAGGCAGGAGCAGGUGAACCGAGGGUGGUGAUAAUUGGAGAAAAAGGUGGAAGUGUUCCCCUCAAACUUGUUGACCAAGGAGAUCGUAUUUUCAAAGUUGAAUUCACAGCUCCAGUUGCUGGUGCAUACAAUGCCAAUGUACAAUUUGCCAGUGCUCCUGUCCCAAAAAGUCCUUUCCGUAUAACGGCACAGGCUGCAAUUGAUAUCAGACAAGUCUUUGUAAAAGAUUUACCAGAAUUUGUGCCAGUCAACAAAGAAGUCCCAUUCGAAGUUGUGACGGCCGGGGCUGGUCCAGGUAAGGUGAAGGUCAAUAUUAAGAGUCUUUCUGGCAAGAUGGUCCUAGCAAAACUGGAGGAGAAACCGGAUGUCGCAACUGGAGUCAAAUUUACUCCAACGGAACCUGGACCACACACAGUUGAAGUCUUCUUUGCUGAUAACGCUGUUCCUAAAAGCCCAUUCACGGUCACAGCUGAAUCUGCAAAACCCGAUAAGGUGCAAGUUUAUGGACCGGCUGUUGAAAAACCAGUUUUUGUCAAUGAAAUCACUUAUUUUAUCGUUGAUUUUAAAGAAGCUGGUCCAGGCGAAGCCCAAGUUAAAUUGCUGGAUGAGAAAAGUGUGCCAGUUCCAUUCAACUUGUUGGAUCAAAAAAACAGAACUCACCGCAUUGAAUUUACUCCCGUGACGGUAGGAGCAUAUUCGGCUGUGGUUACUUACAGCGGCCAACCAGUUCCAAAGAGCCCAUACAAAAUUACUGUCCAGUUCAACAUUGAUGUGUCCAAGGUUAAAGUUUACGGACCAGCUAUUGAGCAUCCCGUACAAUUGGCUCAAUUGACUCACUUUAUCAUUGACUGCAAAGACGCUGGCCCAGGUACACCUACAUUCACAUUGGCAACGGAGGAUGGAAGGCCAGUUCCUGCCAAAUUUACUGAUAACAAAGAUGGAACAUUCACCGUUGAAUUCACUCCUGAAUCUCUUACCCCAAUCAGCGCUGAAGUCAAGUUUUCUGACCAGCCUGUGCCCAAGAGUCCUUUCAAGAUUCAAAUAAGUUCCGGAUGCGACGCCGGUAAGGUUAAGGUUUAUGGUCCUGCUGUAGAGAAGCCAGUGCCUGUUAAGCAUGUUACUUAUUUCAUUAUCGACUGCAAAGAUGCUGGCCCAGGAUCUCCAGCAUAUAUGCUAAGUACGGAAGAUGGGAAACCAGUGCCAUCCAAACUUGUAGACAAUAAAAAUGGAACGUUCACUGUUGAGUUUGUUCCUGAAUUUCUCAUUCCCAUAAUUGCUGAUGUCAAAUUUUCAAACGUAGUCGUACCAAAAAGUCCAUUUAAAGUUACCGUAACGAGUGGUGAAGUAGCUGAAUCGAGCAAAGUGAAAGUAUACGGACCGGCUGUCGAAAAACAAGUUGUUCCUAAGUUCACUACAUAUUUCGUCAUUGACUGCAAAGAAGCAUCUCCAGGCAAACCGGAAGUGUUUUUAGUGGAUGAUAAACAGGCUCCAGUCCCUUUUAUUCUUACCGACAAUCAAGAUAAGACUUUUAAGUGUGAAUUUACCCCUGAUAAAUCAGAACCAUUGACAGCUCAUGUUAAAUACUUUGGUCAGCCAGUACCAAAAAGUCCAUUUAGAAUUAUUGUAGCAGGAGGAGCACCAGAUUUAUCAAAAGUUAAAUUAUCUGGACCAGCAGUUGAAGGCCCAGUUAAGUCUAACCUUCCAACCUUUUUUAACAUUGAUGCAAAAGAAGCCGGAAAUGUUGGUAAACCAGAAAUCGUUCUGGCAACAGAACAGGAUCAAAAACCUGUAAAGUUCACCGUGAGUGACAACAAAGAUGGUACUUACAAAGUUAAUUUCACUCCCAAAUCUAUUCAACCAAUUAUUGCGCAAGUCAAGUUUGUGGGACAGCAUGUACCAAAAAGUCCGUUGAAAGUAUCAGUUGUUAUGGGACCAAACGUCGAUCCAACAAAGGUCAAAAUAUACGGACCAGCUGCUGAAGGUCCAGUCAAAUCGAGCCAGCCAACAUUUUUUAUAGUUGACGCUAAAGAAGCUGGGCCGGGCGAACCUGAAAUCAUUCUUUCGACCGAAGAUGGAACACCAAUAAAACUGACGGUGACGGAUCAGAAAGAUGCCACGUUCAAAGUCGAUUUCAUUCCUGUUGGACAUCAUCCAAUAACAGCACAAGUAAAAUUUGCUGAACAACAAGUUCCUAAAAGUCCAUUUAAAAUACCCAUAGAACAAAGUCCUUCUGAUGCCUCUAAAGUUAAAUUGUAUGGCCCAGCAGUUGAAGGACCGGUCAAAUCUCACGAACCAACUCAUUUUGUUGUUGAUGCUAAAGAAGCCGGACCAGGACACCCUGAAGUGAAAUUGACGGUUGACGACGGCCAAAAUACUCCGGUGUGCACCAAAGUCAAAGACAAUCACGACGGCACCUAUGUAGUUGACUUUGUUCCAGAACAAGUAGUGCCAAUAACAGCCGAAGUUAAGUUUGCGGGAAAUCAAGUUCCUAAAAGUCCUUUCAAAAUUCCAGUUGAACUUGGCUCAGGAGUUAAGCCAGAUGCAUCAAAAGUUAAACUUUAUGGGCCAGCUGUUGAUGGACCAGUUCAGUCCAGUAAACCAACUCACUUUGUCAUUGAUGCCAAAGAGGCUGGACCAGGAUUUCCUGAAGUAACCUUGACAAGCGAAAAUGGAAGUUUGCUAAAACCAACUGUUACUGAUAAAAAGGACGACACAUAUGUUGCUGAAUUUGUUCCUGUUCUUGUUCAACCUAUAACAGCUCAAGUCAAAUAUGCUGGACAACCUGUUCCAAAAUCUCCAUUUAAAAUUUUAGUGCAGCCUUCAUCUGAUACCGAUCCUAGCAAAGUAAAAGUUUAUGGACCAGCUGUAGAGGGGCCCGUUCAAGCCAGCCAAACCACAUAUUUCGUUAUUGACGCAAAAGAAGCAGGACCUGGUCACCCUGAUGUUGCAUUGACAAGCGCUGAUGGUAAAGUAUUAAAACCUAAAAUUAUUGACAACAAAGACCACACAUAUACAGUCGAAUUUGUUCCUGUAUCUGUUGAAUUAAUUACUGCCUCAGUAAAGUUUGAAGGACAACCCGUACCAAAAAGCCCAUUUAAAAUAACCGUUAGUUCUGGAGUAACUAAUCCUCUCAAGGUGAAAUUACACGGACCGGCGGUCGAAGGUCCUGUUAAAUCUCAAGAACCUACUUAUUUUAUCGUUGAUGCCAAAGAAGCCGGCCCAGGUUUACCUGAAAUUAAACUGGUUGCUGACAACGGAGCUACAGUACCAGCAAAAGUGAAGGACAAUCAUGACGGAACAUACGUUGUUGACUUUGUUCCUGAAGCAGUCAUCCCUAUAACAGCCGAAGUCAAAUUUGCAAAUCAGCAAAUUCCUAAGAGUCCAUUCAAAAUUCCAGUUGAACCUGCAUCAGGAAUCAAACCUGAUGCGUCUAAGGUGAAACUUUUUGGACCUGCUGUUGAAGGACCAGUAAAAGCUAGCAAGCCCACAUUUUUUGUUGUAGAUGCUAAAGAAGCUGGCCCAGGUUUACCUGAAGUUUCUCUGCUUAGCGAAGAUGGAACACCACUGAAACCAACAAUAACAGACAAUAAAGACGGCACAUUUAAAGCGGAUUUUGUACCAGUUUUAGUCCAGCCAAUCACAGCUCAAGUUAAAUUUGCUGGACAGCCGGUACCCAAAACUCCUUUCAAAAUACCUGUUCAUCCAUCAGUAACCAGUGAUGCAAGCAAGGUAAAGGUCUAUGGACCCGCUGUUGACGGUCCAGUCCAGGCGCAUCAGCCAACAUUUUUCGUCGUUGAUGCAAAAGAAGCUGGACCAGGACAGCCUGAAGUUGCCUUGACAACAAAAGAUGGCACCAUAAUCAAACCAAAGAUCGUCGAUGAACACAACAACACAUACAAAGUUGAAUUCGUUCCCGUAUCAGGUCAACCAAUCACGGCUGUCGUUAAAUUUGCUGGCGCGGAAGUCCCAAGAAGUCCAUUUACAAUUUCAGUUUCUCCUGGAACAACCGACGUUUCAAAGGUGAAACUGUUUGGUCCCGCCGUUGAAGGACCGGUCAAAACGAAGGAGCCCACGUACUUCGUCAUUGACGCUAAAGAAGCUGGUCCAGGCCAGCCUGAUGUGAAGUUGACUCCCGAGGGAGGAGCAGCAGUUCCGGUGAAAGUUAAAGACAACCACGACGGAACUUACCUAGCUGAGUUUGUUCCAGAAGCACUCGUUCCCUUAAUUGCCGAAGUUAAAUUUGCUGACCAGCAGGUUCCAAAAAGUCCUUUUAAAAUUCCGGUUGAACCAGGAUCCGGAUUUAAACCGGAUGCUUCCAAAGUAAAACUGUACGGACCAGCUGUUGAGGGACCCGUAAAAUCCAACGUGCCAACAUUUUUUGUUGUAGAUGCAAAAGAAGCUGGACCAGGUGCUCCAACCGUUAGCCUCGUUACUGAAUCCGGAAUUCCUUUGAAACCAAUUUUAUCUGACCACAAAGAUAGGACUUUCAAAGUUGAGUUCAUUCCAGUUUACACUCAACCAAUCAUAUGCCAAGUUAAAUACGCUGAUCAACCGGUUCCAAAAACUCCUUUUAAAAUUCCGGUGCUGCCAGCAGCUGGUACAGACCCAUCAAAAGUUAAACUGUUUGGACCUGCCGUUGAAGGCCUUGUGAAAUGUUGUGAACCGACAUAUUUUGUUGUUGAUGCUAAAGAAGCUGGUCCUGAGUUUACACGGUCGUUUACGUUAGGUUUUCCGGAAGUGAUUUUAGCCACCGAAGACAAAUUGCCGGUCAAAGCCAAAGUUAUUGAUAACGGUGAUGGCACAUUCAAAGUGGAAUUUGUACCCACCACCGGUAAACCAAUUGUUGGCCAAGUCAAGUUUGCAGGUCAACAAAUUCCAAAGAGUCCAUUCAAAAUUCCUGUUGAACCAGCUAUUUGUGGAGCGGCAAAUGUGAAAGUUUACGGACCAGCUGUGGAGCAACCCGUCAAACCUCAUCAACCCACUUAUUUUAUGGUCAAUGCUAAAGACGCUGGGCCAGGUAGUGUGACAGUAACUUUAGUAGAAGAUGACAGCGCUCCACAUCCCGAACACGUCCAGCCUCCUCAACCAACUAUUCAAGGCCAGCAAGACGGCAUUUUCAAAGUUGAUUUCACUCCUCACACUCCUAUUAUUGCGCACGUGUCUUUUCAAGAUAAGCCUAUACUAAACAGUCCAUUUAAGAUUUCUUUUGUUUCGGAAAUGGAAGAGCCCCAAUUUGUUCCAAGCCAGGUUUUGCCUCAAGAAGCAGUUAAAGAACAAGAAUUUCAACCACAACUUCAAAAACCUCUAGAAGUUCUGCCAGUUGUCGAUAUGACUCAGCCUCUUGCACCCCAACAGUUCCAAUUUGUACCCACUCAGCAACCAUAUGAUCAACCGCACCAACAAGCAACAGAUCAACCAUCGCAACAACAACCCACUCAACAACCCCCUCAACAACCUCCUCAACAACCCCCUCAACAAUCCCCUCAACAACCUCUUCAACAACCCCCUCAACAACCUCCUCAACAACCUUCUCAACAACCUUCUUAUCAACCUCCUCAACAACCUCCCCAACAACCUUCUGAACAACUUUCGCCUUUUCAACCUGAAAAAGUAAGAGUAUAUGGACCAGCGCUGGAAGGUCCAGUGUCUCCUUCAACGGGCACCUAUUUUGCGGUUGACGCCAAAGAUGCGGGUCCUGGUGAACCAGCAGUUCAAGUGAUCCCUCUGAAAGGUGGACCUGUGCCCGUUCAAAAGACUGACAACAAGGACGGUACUUAUAGAAUCGAUUUCACCACUCCAUCUGAAGUGGUUCCCACCAUGGCCGACGUUAGGUACAAUGGUACACCUGUUCCCGGCAGUCCAUUCAAAAUAAAUGUUCAGCCUAAGUCUGAAGAACCGGCUGUUCAUAUACCUGAUUUACCUCAAACGUUAACUGUUGGUCAGCCCACACCUUUCCAUGUGAAUGUUGCUGGAGCUAAACCAGUACCCGCCGCAGUUGAAUUGAUCACACCAAACGGAAGUUUAGGCCAAGCAAAAGUCAUUGAUACUCCCGAAGGAUUCAUUGGAGAAGUAGCUGCUCAUGAAACUGGACCACACAAAAUUGGAAUAAAAAUAGCAGGACAACCGAUUCAAGGAAGUCCUUUUAAUGUUGAGGCGGUUCCUGAAUAUUUGACAUUCACUCCUACGAACAAUGAAAUUGAUCCCUCAAAGGUUAAAGUUUACGGACCCGGGUUGACUGGUGGUACUACCAACAAGCCAUGUGAUUUUACUAUUGAUACAAGUGCAGCUGGGCCUGGCAAUCUAGGCUUGACUAUUGACGGGCCAACCGAAGCUAAAAUUGAAUGUUUCGACAAAGGCAACGGCGUUUUUGACGUCAGAUAUUUGCCGAACGAACCUGGAGAGUACACGAUAAACGUCACAUUUGAGGAUCAAUCUGUUCCUCAUUCUCCAUUCAAAGCUCAAAUUAAUCCUGAAAUUUUGGUUGAUGUUAGCAAAGUCAGAACGUUUGGUCCUGGCGUUGAACCUAAAGGAGUAUUUUUGGAUUCUGUAACCGAGUUCACUGUUGAUACUGCAUCCGUUCAGCCGAAGGGUUUGGGUAACGUGAAAGUCAUUCUUACCAAUCCAUCUGGAACGCUGACAGAAGCAAUUGUAAUUAAGAAUGAACAGGAUAACACAUACACUGUCUUGUACACGCCAUUUGAACAAGGAUUAACAAAAAUUGAUGUCACAUACGAUGGAUUGAGAGUUCCGAGAAGUCCAUUUGUAACUGAUGUUCAACCCGGUUGCGAUCCAACAAAAGUUAAAGUAUAUGGAUCAGGAAUUGUGAAAGGUGAGCCCAACAAACCACAAAAGUUCACGAUCAACACAAGAAGCGCAGGAGUUGGUGGUGUUGGUCUUUCUGUGGUCGGUCCCACUGAGCCACAUGUCGAUUGUGUUGACAACCAGGAUGGAACACUAUCAGUUGAGUAUCUUCCAGAUUCUCCAGGAGAUUAUGAGAUUGGUGUUACUUUUGCCGAUCAACCAGUGCCAGGCAGUCCUUUCAUUGUUCCAAUUGUUGACCACAGUCAACCACAACAACAAAUGCAGCAACCACAACAGCCCCAACAGCCAGGAUUUUUUCCAGAAAGAGUGAAAGCGUUCGGACCGGGAUUAAACCCACAAGGUGUUAAGAAGGAUCAGAAAGCAAUUUUCAGCGUAGUGACUGAACAGGCUGGCAUCGCACCUCUCGAAGUUGUGGUCACUGACGUCAACUCAGGUCAAAGAACUCCAUCAAAGACAACUCAGUUGCCAAGUGGAAGUUACGAUGUCGAGUAUGAACCACACAACGAGGGGCCUCUGAAGGUUGAUGUUCUGUAUGGAGGGAAGCACGUGCCUGGCAGCCCGUUUAGUACGGUGUCGCGUCCAUUUACUGAUCUUUCAAAAGUUGUCGUGGGUGGUGAUGGGAUCAAACCUCAGGUGCCUGCCAGCUUACCUGUUGUUUUCUUCGUGGACACCCGUCAAGCAGGCCCUCAUGAUCUGCCUGUUGAAGUGGACGUCAAGAAUCCUCAAGGAAGAGUAGUUAAGCCUGAACUUUUCCAAACCACUCCUGGAAUAACUCAGGUGAAAUACGUGCCUGAAGACGCCGGCGCACAUCAAAUUCAAGUUAAAGUUGCCAACCAAGAAGUUCCAAACUCUCCAUUCAGAGUAGCUGCCGUGCCAACCGGAAAUUCAGAAAAUGUGGUUGUUCCGGAUGUACCUGCAAUGGCUCCUGCUGGCCAAAUGUUUCAGUUCAAAGUUCAGAAACCAGCCACAACAGGUCUCGGAAACGUCACCUGCAAGGUUUCAAAAGCCGGCCAACCUGGUUUCCCAGCAAUUGAAGUUCCUUCAGAAGUUGUUGACAACCACGAUGGCACUGUCACAAUAUCUUACCAAGUUCCAGAAGAUGGAGUCCUUAUAACGGAAGUUAAAUUUGGAGGAGUGCUUGUUCCCAAAGGAAGAUUCACACAAAAAGUUGGUAAACCGGGAGAGCAGGGCCCUGCUAAACCAACAAUCACCAAAGUUACUACGGGAUCGGCUCCUCAAUCACCACCCGGCCCAUUAUCGCCAACUGCUUCUCCCUACAAAAUGGUUGAAGUACCAUUUAUUCCUGUGGGGCCAAACCUGGAUCAAGUUUCUGCUGUCGUUGUGAAACCUUCUGGUGAGAGUGUGCCAGUUGAAGUUGUUGAGAACGGCACAGGUAAUGUUAAAGUAGUCUUCCACCCAACAGAACCCGGACCUCACAUAUUAAAAGUUUUGUACGCAGGGGUGCCAGUUCCAGGGGAUCCGUUCAGUUUCUUCGUUCAUGCUCCCAAGCCGGGACAGGUUACAGCAUAUGGACCAGGGUUGGUGGCAGGAGUGGUCAAUCAACCCUGCGUCUUCACUGUUGUCACUAAGAAUGCCGGUCCAGGAGGUCUUGCAUUGGCAAUUGAGGGUCCAUCUAAGGCUGAAAUCAAAUGCAAAGACAACAAAGAUGGCAGUGCUACUAUCACAUACACACCAACAUCGCCUGGAGAAUAUAAGAUUCUUAUCAAACAUGCAGGACAACCAAUUCUUGGCGCUCCAUUCAUAGCUAAGAUAAUUGGUGAGGACAGAUCUAUUUUUACCAGAUCAGUUCUGACGAGCAGUGAACAGUCUGCCAUCACAAGACAAUCACAUGUUACUGUUGGCAGCACCAGGCAUUUGACUAUUCAGGUGACUGAAAGUGACCUAAGUAACUUAUCGGCAGUUAUCAGGUCUCCAUCUGGACAUGACGAACCAUGUGGACUCAAGAGACAGCCAAACGGACAACUGGGCAUUUCCUUUACGCCGAAGGAGUCAGGUGAGCACCUUGUGACCGUAUUCAGAAACGGACAACCAAUCCCUGGAUCCCCGUUCCGUAUCGUCAUUCAAGCGCAGGAAGUUGGGGAUGCGGACAGAGUUAAGGUUUAUGGAAGCAACAUAUCAAAUGGCAACGCAAAUGAAUUGAAUGAAUUCAUUAUUAAUACGAAAGAAGCUGGAGUGGCUGGCCUGUCUAUUUCGGUGCAAGGUCCGGGGAAAGUGGAAAUAAAAUGCACAGAAAACGACGAUGGCACAACUAAGGUUUCGUACAAGCCGACUGAGCCAGGAAUCUACCACGUGACUAUCAAGUAUGGAGACAAGCCUGUUCCUGGAAGUCCUUUCAACAUCCAGGUGGCGGGUAUGCCAUCAGGGCGGGUAAAGGAAAGGAUUGUAAGGCAGCAACAAGCAGCUACCAUCACCUCCGUUGGAACGACAUGCGAACUCAACAUCACAAUGCCAGGCAUUAACGUCAAUGAAAUUGAAGGACAAGUAACAAGCCCAUCAGGCCAAGUUGACAAAUGCCAGGUCGUUGAUUUGGGUAACAGCAAAUUUAGAAUAAGCUUUGCUCCUAAAGAAUCUGGCGUACAUUUUGUUAGUUUGAAGCACAAAGGAAUGCAUAUCCCCGGAAGCCCCUUCCAGUUUACCGUUGGUCCCAUUGUUGGAGGUGGACCCGAGAAGGUCAGGGCUGUAGGACCGGGACUUGAAAGAGGAGAGUCCAACAAACCUUGCCACUUCACAGUAAUAACAAGAGAAGCAGGAGCUGGAAGUUUGUCGUUGGGAGUUGAAGGACCGAGCAAAGCCAUCAUUGAUUUCCAGGAUAGAAGAGAUGGAACAAGCGACGUCAAUUACGUCUGCUCAGAGCCUGGCGAAUACUUGGUCUCAGUUAAAUUCAAUGGUCAGCAUAUUACAGACUCCCCAUUCAAAGUUUACAUCUCGUCUACUGGUGACAGUCAAAAGUUACACGUUCAAAAUCUUCAACAGCAAGGCCUCCCGGUCAACACUCAAACAGAAUUCCUCGUAGAAUUCAAUGGAGCACAAGGACAGCUGGAUGCGAAGGUCGUCGCUCCAUCUGGCAUUGAAUCCGUCGCACAAGUUCAGGAAGUUCAACCAGGUCGUUUCAGCGUGAACUUUGUGCCGAAAGAAGGAGGUGUACAUUAUAUUCACCUGUUGUUGAAUGGCAACCACGUUCCUGGAUCCCCGUAUCCUGUGCAAGUUGGAGUAAUCAGUGCAGAUCCCAGCAAAGUCAGAGCUUAUGGAGAUGGGCUUCACAGUGGACAAUCUGGCCAAGCUUGCAAAUUUAUUGUGAACACAACACAAUCUGGCCCAGGAGCGUUGUCUGUUGGAAUAUCUGGUCCCUCUAAGGUUGAACUGCAAACAAAGGAAGUUGAAGAAGGUUAUGAAUUCACCUACACGCCACUUGCACCUGGUCCUUAUUUAAUUAACAUAAAAUAUGCUGGCAACAACCAUAUUCCUGGCAGCCCUUUCAAGGCCCAAGUUGGAGGUGUAGGCACACCAGCGGCAUACACUGAGCAGUCACGAGUUGUCGUAGAAACGGUAACGAAGUCAACAACCUGCUCUAUGACUCAACACCUCGGCGAAUUUGUUAGUGACUACACAAAGGUCGUUGCGACAGGUAACGGACUGAACCAAGCAUUCGUCAAUCAAGAAGCUACUUUCUUAGUAGAUGGGUCGCAAGCAGGUUACAACUUGUUUUGGGUUGGAAUAGCUGGUCCUCACGUUCCUGCUGAAAAAAUUCUGGUAACUCAUCUUGGUGAGCUGCGUUAUUCAGUUCGCUACCAACGCUCUUCAAUGAAUUUUGAAAACAGAUGGGUCUUGAGAUCAGCUCUGAAUUUCGCAAGUGAUGGAGAAGUAGUCAGAGAAGUAGGUAGAAAGUUCCAGAGAAAAGGACCAGAAAAAGCAAAAGCAGAUUUGGCAAAAGAGUGUUUAACACGAGUUAAGAAAAAUCGAGAAGAAGAAGACGAUCGUAAACCGGGGCGUUUAGAAGGAUUAAGUUUAAGACACAUAGAGUCAGACCAAGCGAUAAUUGAAGAAAGACAUAGAGAUAAAUUAUGA